AUAGCACUGCAACUUCAAGUCAUGAUGCACGGCACUCCGCCGGCGCUACACUUCGUCGGCUCGGCGUGUCAUGGCAGAAUGGACGUAGUUUCCGACGUUGGACAUGUGCUGUGUACGACGUUGGCAGCUCCAUAUUGUUGGGGGCAUGUGCGUUGCGAGUCCGACUGCGCCGCGUCCGGGCACUUCAUACUUAUAGACCUUGACUUCUUCGAGGUAAAGAUUCAACUUCGAGAACGCCGUGACGUUUUACCUGCCUCAAUUGCCCGCCAUGCAACGUCAACACCAGCCCGAGUCUGAGGGGCUGACCCUCUAUCUGUCCACGGACAGUCCCCGCGACACGACCCUCACCGAUUCCUCCGGUCAAGUCUUGUACGACGUUCAUACGGAAUGUGACAACGGCACAUUCACGACACACGUAUCCGAGGGUGACGUCGAUUUGAAAGCCGUCGAGGUUGCACGGCUGCGAUGGACCGGCGUGAAUCUGCACGCAGGGACCGUGACGGUCGCUUUUCGGGAGGGACAGACUCUCCCGGUACGCGAGUGGUUGUGCAAGAGUAAGAUGCCGUUCAACAAAGACAGCGUAACCUUCGUGGACGGGGAAGGGCGAAAGUAUAAGUGGAAGAGAUACGAGCUAUACUGCGAAGAUGACGACUACAAGCAGUCCAUAGCUGCAUUUCACAAGUCAAGCGUGGACGAGAGUGCAAAACCUCCCGCUCCAAAGGAGAUCCGCGCUAUGCUCAAACUGAGUCCCCGGGCAGAGCAGGUCGACGACCAAGUGGUCUGCUCCUUCCUGUUCACGGAGAUCGAGAGAAGGAUGAAGGAAGGAUACUUGAGGGACGGGGACGUACGAGCGAGAGUCAGUGCAUCCAGUGGGUACAUGAAUUCAGGGGGAUCCUUCGGACUGUUGACAGCAACUUCCACCGUGAUGUGAAAGACGAAGAAAGGGGCGUGGCCAUGUAUCAUAUUGUGUGUACCUUCAUAUCGCACCCCUACAUGUAGCAUCGAAUGCAAGAAGACCAGGACAGCAAUUAUGGGGGGCUCGCUUCGAUGUCGCUUCUGAUGA